CUUGCCUCCUUCGUCCCAUCACCUCUCGCACUCCACACCUCACACAACUCAUCAUGACUGAUCAGACCGUAGAGACUCCUAUUGUCGAGGCCACUGCUACCCCCUCCGUCGCUGAGGCCUCUGCCUCCACCGCCCCAGUUGAGGUUACCGAGGCUCCCAAGGUCGAGGAGACUGCUACUGAAAGCACGGCUGCGGACAAGGAGAAGACCAGGAAUGAGGAGAAGGCCAAGAUUCUGAAGCAAGUCGAGUUCUACUUCAGCGACAGUAACUUGCCUUCCGACAAAUUCAUGUCAGAGCUGAUCAAGAAGGACGAUGGCUAUGUGGCGAUUUCACGUAUUGCCUCUUUCAAGAGAAUGCGCGAUUAUAAGGACAUGGAACUGAUCGUCGAGGCGCUUCGUGAGUCGAAGGAGUUGUUGGAGGUCAGCGAGAAUGGCGAGAAGGUCCGCCGCAAGACACCUCUCGUUCCCGUCAAGGAUCACUUCCAGAGAAGCAUCUAUGCUAAAGGAUUCGGUGAUGAAACCCCCUCUCUUCAGUUGGAAUUGGAGCAGUACUUUGCAGCCCUCGGAGAUGUGAAGCAGGUUCGCAUGAGACGUAAUGCUGAAACCAACGUAUUCAAGGGUUCCGUUUUCGUUGAGUACGCCACCCUGGACGAGGCUAACAAGGUUGCUUCGAGCAAAUUGCAGUACAACGGACAGGAUCUGCUGGUCAUGUCAAAGUAAGCAUCGUCACAGUAUAUCGUUAGCAUCUUUUUACUGCUGUGCAGCCAAGGACUUCAAGGUCGGCACUAGUUCGAUAGCUAAUAUCUGAUUGUACAUCUUGUUUCUUUUCAUGAUAGGUCCGAUUACUGCACGAUGAAAGCGGAGCAGCUCGGAUUGGACCCUAAGCAGAUCACAUCCCGCCAGAACAAAGGAUUCAACACCGAUAACA